AUAACUCUUCAAAUACAUAUUACACACAGCUAACAGCUGUGUAGGCAGAAGGCAGACCCUUGCCACGAUACCCCACUCAGGACAGGCCUGUUCUACUGGACUUUUUAAAGAAUGGGGGAGUUCAGGCAGUCUGAUCAAGACUUCUACCAAUCUGGAUAUUACAUAGAUGAUCAGGCCCAAGAUGCAUAUGGCUAUGACACAGAAUACAUCAGUUCACAUUACCAAGACGUAGAUUGCGCAUCUCCGACAUCGGAUUCAUAUGCCCCAUUAACAGAUCCACCUUACACUGGGCAGAUAUUUCAACCUGCAGCUUCUCCUGGGGCUGCUGAGCACACCGACUCCUUUGAGGAAGAACCUCCACUGUUAGAGGAAUUGGGCAUUAACUUUGAUCACAUCUGGCAGAAGACGCUGACAGUGCUGAACCCGAUGAAGCCAGCGGAUGGCAGCAUCAUGAAUGAGACAGACUUAACUGGUCCUGUCGUUUUCUGCAUCGCGUUGGGAGCCACUCUUUUGAUGGCAGGAAAGGUACACUUUGGCUAUGUGUAUGGCAUCAGUGCCCUGGGCUGUGCGGGAAUGUACAUUCUGCUGAAUUUAAUGAGUGUAUACACAAUAUCUUACGGAUCUGUGGCUAGUGUAUUAGGAUACUGCCUGCUGCCCAUGGUGGCUCUCUCUGCCUUUGCUGUUUUUUAUUCCCUACAAGGAGUUUUGGGCACACUGCUGGCCUUGUUUGUGAUUGGCUGGUGCAGUCUAUCAGCAUCUAAGAUCUUUACUUCUACACUGGAUAUGGGUGGACAGCAGCUGCUGGUGGCGUACCCAUGCAUUCUGCUCUAUGGAGUCUUCGCCCUCCUCACCAUCUUCUGAUUAUCCAAAUAAAAAGCUUUGGCAUAGCCGAAACCCAGUUUAAGAUGACUAAAGCACUAAAUUACUUGAAUUAAUGUUUUACACAGUUUGAAAAAGAAAGUACAGGUAUUCAUCAUACUCCACUCCUGAAUAAAUACUAAUCUGAAAUUCAGUUGAAAAGAAUAAAGAUGUUAUGUAUAUGACAGGGCUCAAUUCAUCCUACAUCCUGAGGCUUUGACUGUAUUAAUAUUACUAUGCAACACAUUAUAUAAAAUAAGCAUGAUCACCAUAAGAAUGUAAUUAAAAUGUAUUAUACUAUA